CAGGCACUGCCUUCUUUGGAAACAGCGUCUGACGCCUGCAAGCCCCACUUCUGUGGGGUGAAGUGUUUCUCCUCCAACAUCCAUCACUAAUAGAAUCGUAACACUGUGUCAUCGUUCUGACCACAUGCAACGGGAAACUAUGCACCAGAAACUCCUCCGAGGCAGCGGCUCUGUCGCAUUUGUCUUUUAUAUGCAUUGAUACCCAUGAAUUACACUCAGUAAAGUUCCAAGUUUUAUUUGAUUUGCAGACGAAGAUUUGUGGUGAUGGCUUGCAGGGCCAUGAACAAAAGAAAACACGUGGGACUUCAACAACUCUCAUCAUUUGCAGAAGCAGGAAGAACUUUCCUAGGCCCACUAAAAUCAUCCAAAUUUGUUAUAGACGAAGAGUGUCACGAAAGUGUGUUAAUCAGUUCGGCCGUGAGGCUUCUUGAAAACUUGGAUUUAUCGAGCGCGGUGGGACAGCUUCUCAGCGAAGCAGUGCAAGCGCAGAAUAAGAUGUACAGAACGGGAAGCAGCACUCUGCUGUUUCUUGCCGGGGCGUGGAGCAGGGCCGCUGAGGAGUGUCUGCAUCUGGGCGUCCCCGUUUCCUUAAUCGUGUCUGUUAUGUCAGAAGGUUUGAUCUCCUGCAUUGAGGAAGUCUCUUCCCUUCAGGUACCUGUCCACCGUGCAUCUGAUCACACAGACGACACCCAGAUGUUUUCUGGACUUGGAUCCCGUAGUGUCAGUUUACAUUCUUUUCUACCAAUCCCCCCAGACACUGGUUUGAUACAGAAAGAGAAUGAUCUCGGAGACGUUGCCUCUCCGUCAGUGACCAUUUCCAGUGUUCCUGGGAGACCUGUGAAAUCAGCUAACCUUUGUAGAACUCAGGCUAAGGUUGAAGCAGAUGAAAACACACAAACUCCUCAGACUCUGAGAAAUCGUCUGUGUGCAGACACACGCUGCAGAAAGCCAGCACUAAUCCACAGUAGGCACUUUAAUAGGGUGGAUGAGAAUCAAUGGACAAGCAAACCAGAUGGGUUUCUGGAACAUCAGGGUGCGGCCACUCCCCACACUUACAGAUGUAAGGACUUGGCAGAGUUGGAGGCAGGUCUGAGCCACGGAGAUCGCAGCAGCAUGGAAUUAGUAGACGCAGCAGCGCGGCUGCAGUGCCAGAACGCAGAUGUGCAGCGAGGCCGCUGUGCCGCGCCCUGGACGUUUGACAUUUCAGGAGUCUUCACCUGCUGUUUACCGGGCUUACCCGAAACUUUGUCUUGCGUCUGUCCAGGCUAUGUCACUGUUGUUUCAACAUCCAGGACUGCUCUGAUUGAGGAGUUACAGAAUCAGCUUCUGCGGGUAGCUCUCAUUGAGGGUGACCUCACCGAGAAUUACCGCCACCUGGGAUUCAAUAGAUCUGCCAACGUGACAACGGUGUUGGAAAGCGUGAAGGUUCACCAGGCCAGCUCAGAAGAACUGUGGACAGAUCAGGUAUUACAGGUCUUAGUCAAGUUCAAUGUGAAUCUCGUCCUGGUGCAAGGCAGUGUAUCUGAACACGUAACUGAAAAAUGCAUGCACAGUAAGCGCUUGGUGAUUGGGUCGGUGAAUGGCAGUGUGAUGCAGGCUUUUGCCUUGGCUUCCGGAGCACAGCAGGUGGCCUACAUUACUCAGGUGACGGAAGCCUGUGUGGGCAGUGGGGUGUGUGUGGCCUUCUGGAGAAGCAUGCCCUCGGGUGUCAAUACGGUCAACAGCAUGGCAAUCACGUUGAAAACAGAAGGAAUGAAUUUGGUUACAGUAGUGCUCACUGGCCCAGUCACGGCACAGAUGCAAACCAAGGAAGAUAGGUUCUGGACUUGCGCGUAUCGUCUGCACUAUGCUCUGAAAGAGCAAAAGGUCUUCCUUGGAGGUGGUGCAGUUGAAUUUUUGUGCCUUAGCCAUCUUCAAAGUCUCGUGAGGCAACCUCUGAAUAAAGGAAUCCAAGUCUGUUCGGGAGGGCUUCAUAACACUUCCUCUUGGCUGGCCUCAUCGCUGGCACUCUACAGACCGACGGUGCUGAAGUGCUUGGCCAGCGGCUGGCACAAAUACCUUUCAGCCCUCAUGUACAACACUGCCCGUUCCGCCUCAGAAUUUGAAGCCAGCGCAUUCAUUCAACACCACCUACAAAGUGCCACAGACUCUGGCUCGCCUUCAUCUUACAUCUUGAAUGAAUAUAGUAAACUAAAUAGUGGAAUUUUUAAUUCAGGCAUUUCAAAUAAAGUGGAACAGAUUCCAAGAGUUUAUGACGUUGUUACACCAAAGACUGAGGCAUGGCGCCGAGCUCUGGAUUUAGUUCUGUUAGUGCUUCAGACAGACAGUGAAAUUAUUACCGGGCUUGGACACACACAGCUAAAACCACAGGAAGCAGAGGACUUUUUGUUUUUGUAGUGUUAUUGGCUAAGUCUUUGGGAAGUAAUCUUUUGUAAUAUGUCAUGCUAAUAAGUUCUCUAGUACCAGGUCGUAGUGCCUGAAAUGCUGGCUUUACCAAAAAGAAAAUAAUUGAUGUCCAUCAAUGACCAUGCAGGGUGUAAGAUUUCACCAUACUUACAAGCUAACGAGUUAGCCUGUUCCUGUUUUGUGUGCUACUACAGAAUACACGAGACACUUGGGUCAGAGACAGAGAACUUUUAUGACUCAUUGCAAAAGCAGUCGCAAGAGGUCGUGUUGGUUUGUCCCAUAAGAGCCACGCAAAGGAGAGGGACACUGAGCUUGGGAUAGCCAUUCCUUUUAUAAUAAGCAGAAGCAAUCGUAUUCUUUGUCCAAGGGGCGUUGUUACCUCAUGCCUCAAGGUUGCUCAUUGUAAACACAAGCCCGAGACAUGGACCCGGUAAAGAUAGGUCAGGUGCCGGCAUUCAUGGCAUUCCCAGAAAGCACGCAGUGUUGCUCAGGGCACAUAGUGGGUCACCUCUUGCAACGAUUCGUUCCUCAACCUGACACGUUCAUAGUCAAACUGGAAUUUUCAGGUGAGUAUGCCACUCAUUCAUUAGCCGUUCUGGUUGGUCUGACGAGGAGGUUGUUUAGUCAAUACCAAAUCCAUUCAGUAGGUCUCAUAUACCAGUGAAUUAUGGCUAUAUCAGCAGACCGAGCAGCAGGAUGGUGCCAGUCUGCAAUACUGACCUGUCAUGUCCUCCAGGGUCUUGAAUUUACUUGCCUGUGAAUUCCAAGGACCAGUAGAUCUUUUCAUUAGCCAGAAUCUAGUCUAAGAGCAAAAUUCUCCCUUAUGACCCACGUGAGGGAGUUUUGACUGACUUGCUGAUCUUUAGUGUCAUUGCCAAAAGUUACAGGAGGCAAUAGAUGGGCCAAAAAGCAACCCCACCCCUAAUGGAGAGACCCUUCCGUGGCCCGUUUUCCCCACGUACGAGCAUGUAGCCCCGAAGUCCAGGUCACUGUACUUCGGGAUUUGUUGUUCACCCUGAUUUGAAUCACAGUUACACAGAUUUGAUUAAGUCACGGAGGUAGUGUCACCAAGUAGUUGAAGCCGUAGUCGCCGUGUGUGGCGAAAUCCAAGGCAGUUCAGACUUGAGGAGAAGCACAUGAUUAGUCAACUUGAAGCAGUGUUGUCCUGGCCGUUUGCGCGUGUUCACACCUGGGCGCUGCCAUCCAUGUUAUCGUGUGCUGCCUGGAGUACUGAAGAAGAGUCUCACUAAGGUGUUGAGUCCCCUUUCCGGUGGUGGGAGGUCAAGGAGACAGCAUUUGUCUAUGUGACUCACAGAGAGAUUGAGGGUUGUGAAUCUGUCCAGGUGAUCCUGAGAAACGUUACUUGGCAAACAGGCUUCUGAAUUUCUAUCUGAGUUUAUCAGCCACUCCUACUCGUACAGGUAGGUAACGCCGGUCAAGUAGAUAACGGCCAUAGUCUAGACCAUUGAGACAGGCUCCUAACUUGUCAACCACCAGGAUGUUGUCUGUCUGGUACCCCCCUUAUCCACAGAGGAUGCGUUCCAAGACCCCCAGUGAGUGCCUGAAGUCACAGAUGGUACUGAACCCGAUGUACGCUUUUUCCUUAAAGCAGCUGAGGUCAGAGGGAGGGUGAAGGAGCGAUGGAGAUGUAGAGAGAGGGCAAGAGCAUCUUCAUGCUGGUAAGCGACGCCUCGCAUUUACUCUUGGCUUUUGAUCAGCUGCCCAACUUGUGCCAGACACACUUGUGUCUUCGGUUUACUCAGUGCUAUUUCCUCAUUGCUGACAGCGUUGUUUGAGCUUUGGGGACCCCUUGGCGCCACAGCCACAGCCCGAUUUCUUCCCUGCUGGGCUGUGGGGUAUGCUGCCUCGUUACGUUACAUCCUUCUUCCUCCCACCCGGAGGUGAGUGAGCAACGACCACGAGGCUGGUUCCCUGUGUUCACCCACCUCUCACUGCUCAGCCUCCAAACUUUUCUCAGUAGGUAGGACCUGGGAGGGGCAGGGGGCUAUCUCUCUUCCCCCUUUCCCACAACUCGAGUGAAUGCAUGCAGUGCUGGAUCCCCAAGAGUCUUAUAUCUCUUAACCCAGCCCAUCGAGGCCCUCCUCUUUUCCAGAAAACCAUCCAAAAAACUGCAAAAUCUGAGGUUUCACCCUGUUUCCAAGCAAACAAGUUAGACUUAGAAUGUCAUGGGAUACUGGCAGAAGAUACAAGAUUCCUGGGUCAGAGACAGGGCUGUCCAGUAGCCAGAGCUUCGUGUUGGUUUGUGUUGGUUCCCUGUGCUGCCGAGUCCCACGGAUGACAAGGAGCCCAGGUGAAUACUCGCACACACAGUAGGUUGUGCUGCAGGAGAGGAACACCCCGCUCAGGGCAUUUACAGCAUUUAUAGGAAGCAGCACUAAGCCUGUUCUUUGUAGGCAGAUAUUACAUCAUCAUCCAAAGUUGCUCCCUGUAAAACGUCCCUGAGAAAAGGCCUGGAAAAAGAGCACAAUACCCAGCAAGAAGAAGCAGGAAUGCUCAGAGCCCAUGCAGACUGCCUUUCCCAGCACAGCCUUUUGCUACUUAUAAUUGAACAUCAGGAGAACCGAAUUAUGUGUGUAGUUUUUAGAAUUGAAUAUUAGAGUUGCUCUGGGAAAAUAAUAAUGGUGGUAAUUAAGAUGCCUGCCAUGUUCCAGGCACUCUCCUAAAUUCCUUACCUAUUGUAUUAAUCUGCUAGGGCUGCCAUAACAAAGUAUCGGCUUAAACAACAGAAAUUUACUAUUUUCUUACAAUUCUGGAGGCUGGAAGUCUGACAUCAAGAUGUAGGCGGGGUCGGUUUCUUCUGAGGCCUCGCUUCUUGAUUUGUAGAUGGCCGUCUUCUCCCUGUGUCGUUACAACACCUUCCCUCUGUAGCUAUCUGUGUCCAGAUUCCUCUUCUAGUAAGGACCUGGUCAUAUCGGAUUGGGACCCUCCCUAGUGACCUCAUUUUAACUUAUUACCCCCUUUACAGGCCCUUUCUCCAAAGACAGUACAUUCUGAGGUCCUGGGGGUUAGGGCUUCAACGUAUACAUUCUGGGGGAGACACAGUUCAGCCCGUAAGACAGAUGUUAUUUCAGUCUUUGCAACAUCUCUCUUCUCCACUUUAUUGAUGAGGAAAUGAGUUUAGGAAGGUAAGAGACUGGUCAAGGCUCUCACAGCUACGGUAGUAGGGGUAGCGCUGGAAUGGAACUAAGAUUUUAUCUGGCUCCAGAGUUCGUAUUUCUAACCAUUAAUUGUGACAAGUUUUUAUUUCCUGUUAUGGUAACAGCAACAAAACAAGAAAAGAGAAUGUCUGGUUUAUUUAUAGGGCUACUUAUAUGUAUUAGAAAAUGGAAUUGGAUUAUCCUCAUGUUUUGGUAAAAGAAAAUCAUUUUCGGUUUAAUUGGUGUCUUAAAUGUGAUCACGUGAAAACCUUGCACAAAUAAUCAUUCCAGUUAUAUAGAUUGUCUUUGUACAAACUUAGAAUAAUAACAACAUUGAGUAUUGAGCUGUGUUUUAAAAAUAAAGUGUAUUAUCUUUGUUGGGUAAAUACUGACACUUUUACUCUCCUUCUGUACUAUUAACACUUACUUUUCGUUAAAGUAUUACAAAGAUUGUGAGUGUCCCUCACAUAAACAGAUGCUCAGCUCAUUUUAUAUAAUAGAUGUUUUUGUGACAUUCGUAUUUGCAUGUAUUGGUACUAUUAGCACUAUUAAAUAUUUAAUAUAAUCUUAUAAUACUUUCCUUUGAAACUAGACGUCUUACUGUAACACAGAUUUUAUGUUAGUAAGUCACAGGAGAAUAAAAUUCUUGGCUUAGUUCA